AUUUGGGUCGAAUCUUUAUGCGGACAAGGAAUUCGAGCCUCCGAGGCUUAUCAACCGGGUCAUUUGAGUUAUUGAGUAUCAUCGCUUCGUUUCUUUUUUUCCUCAAAACACACUUCGUUUCGUUUAGAUUUUCGCGCUCGAAACUCGAAUGAAUCAGAAGAAAAAAAAGCCCUAAUUUCGUCGAUUUCCAUUCAGUAGGGCGACUAAGAACCCUAAUUUAGGUUCCAAUCCUUUCUCCAAACUCAAAAUAUUCACCAAUCGGCAAUUAUACAUGAUCCCAUAACUUCCUAGGUCAUAAAAAAAGCCUAAUUUAGUGAUCAAAAUGGAUGCUAAAGACAUACUGGGAUUACCCAAAAAUGCACUGCUGAAUUCUCAAGAGAAGAAGGCUAAGCCUCCCAAAGAACCUCAGAGAAAGCCCGAUGGCAUUUCUCGUGAGGUUUAUAUGCUUACUGGAGGAGUAGCACCUCUUAUGCCGGCAAUUGAUGCGUCUCAGCUGAAGAAACGUCCGCCAACUGAUGAGAAGGUUACCUGGCAAUGGCUUUCAUUCACAAAUUCAGCUCGGAAAGAUAAUUUGGAGCUCUACCACUGGGUCAGAGUUGUGAAUGGUGUUCCUCCAACAGGUGAUUACCCUUUCGCCAAAUAUAAUAAGUCAGUUGAAGUUAUAAAGUACACGGACGAGGAGUACGAGAAGUACUUGACAGAUCCUAAGUGGACUAAGGAAGAGACAGAUACCUUGUUUGACUUCUGUGAAAGGUUCGAUCUCCGCUUCAUAUUAAUAGCUGAUAGGUUUCCAUCACCUCGGACUGUGGAGGAGUUGAAGGAUCGGUAUUAUAAUGUGUGCAGAGCUAUACUAAUUGCUAGAGCUCCAUCACCUGCUGAUGUUUCUGGGCAUCCAUUGGUAAAGGAAGGAUACAAUGCAAAGCAGGAGACUGAGCGCAAGCGUGCUUUGUCGAUGGUUCUUUCUCAAACUAAACUGCAAGAGCGCAAGGAUGCUGAGGUUCUUGCUGAAGCCAAAAGAAUCCAAGAGUCACGUAUGUUGGCUAAGGGUGCCGAAGAACCUGAACUACCAUCAGCAUCAGAUGUUGGCGCAGAACACGCUGAUCGGAUUGCUCUUCCCGGCUCUGUGUCACCUGUUGCUGCAGCUCCGACUGCUGCAGCAGAUAAUGCAACCCAGGCCUCUCUUCGCAUGUUGCGCGUAUACUUGAGGACGUAUGCUCUUGACCAAAUGGUACAGGCUGCUAGCGCUUCUGCGGGCCUUAGAACCAUCAAGCGAGUUGAGCAAACUUUGCAAGAUCUUGGGGUUAACUUGAAGCCAAAGAUUCCAACAAAAGCUGUAUGUUCAGAGCAUCUCGAAUUGAGAAAGGAGAUUCUAACUUUACUGAAUCUUCAGAAACAGUUGCAAUACAAGGAGGCAGAGGGUUCAUCUUACCGUGAGGGAUCAUUUACUGAAACUCCAGGAACACCCAAGCGCACCCCUCGACCUGGGGAUCAGGACCGACCUUUCGUUCCCGAGCCUCUAAGUUUUGGAGGGGAUAGAGUUGGCAAAAGGGACCAGAAAAGAAAGGGGCCUGGAAGAUCAUCAGAUGCUCCAUCAUCACCAGCGACUAAAAGGGCUCGGAAGUUGAAAGCAGACGGGUGAUUGCAGUGCCAUGUUUGAAAACUAGGAUAUUUAGGCAAAAUUUCUGAUGAAUGUGACUUAUGUCGCUCUUGAUUUAUAUGUUUUUUUUCCCAUUUCUCUUUGUAACACAAUACUAAUUCAUUUAUAUCUUACCAUUGUAGAAAUCAGGCAAUUCCGUCUGUGUUUA